AUGUCGCAAUCGCCAUUCAAAUUCGCCAACUCGAAUGCCCAAGUGCCAGGCAAUGGUACCCCACCCCCAGAAUUCAUAAUCAAUGCCCCAGCUUCGACCGAUAUCUGGGCCAAACCUCCGUCCACCACUCGCUUCUCGGCCCCAAUCCUGUAUCAGUCGAUGCCGCUGAAGUCGUUCAAGCGGGCUCGUGUAGCCUUCAAUGCCCUCUGGGAAAAGAACUAUGACCAGGGUGGUCUGAUAAUCGUUCUCAACACCGCGGACGGCCAGCAAAAGUGGGUGAAGAGUGGCAUUGAGCUGACUCACGGACGACCCCACCUCAGUGCAGUUGCCAAAGACAGCUGGGCUGAUUGGAGCUUACUUCCGGUCCCCUCGGGUGGAGGUGCAGCGACCCUAGAAAUGGUUCGAGAGCCAGACAACAGUCUGUGGAUUUACUUGGUCGAGGGUGUGCAGAAGUCGCCCAUCCGUGAGGUCACUUGGGUGUUUGCUGAAGAUGUCAAGGACAUCUGGGUUGGUGUCUAUGCCGCUCGACCUUCGAGUGAAGGGGGUGAAUUGCCAGUCAACUUUGGCCAUUUGAUCAUAGACCAAGCUUAG